UUAUAGUGGUAGUAGUAGUAGUAGUAGUAGCAGUGGUGGUGGUGAUGGUAGUAGUGGUGGUAGUAGUAGUAAUAGUAGGAGUGGUAGUAGUAGUAGUAGUAGCAGUGGUGGUGGUGAUGGUAGUAGUAGUGAUAGUAGUAGUGGUAGUGGUGGUAGUAGUAGUAGUGGUAGUAGUAUUGUGGUUUAUUCGCAUUGCCUACAUUACCCACAAUCCUCUGCGCUCACAUUCUCACAUCAUCUCCCUUCAAGUUGCUGGAGGUUGUUUAUUAGUUUCUCUAAGCGGCAGAGGCGUGCACACAGAGGAGCUGGAGAGACUGGAGUUUCUGUCUUUUUCUCCCAUUAAUCCGCAUUCAUCUGGUGUUUCUUGCUUCUCACACAGGACAUUCGCGGCUGUGAGGAUCUUACAGACUGAAUUAAUUCCCAGGUUCUUCAGUGAUUUCUCACUGGUGUAGGAUAUGAGAUGGCGAAGCCGGGGCUGCAGUGCACUCCUACAGUCACCGUGUGAUAUCUCUCUCUGUCUGUCUGUCUCUCUCUCUGUGUGUGUGUGUGAGAGUGUGUGAGUGAAAGGGAAAGAAAGAGAGAGAGACACACACACACACACACUUCGAGGAUCUCACACCACACCUUACACACAUCCACACCUUAUGAAGUGAACAUUUAAUGCUGUAAACGUCAGUGGAUCUAAAUAUAUAUAUAUUUUUUAAAGAACAAAAAGAAAUAAAAGAUGGUUCGUUUAGUUUUGGCAGCUGCUGUUCGGAAUAAACCCGGAUAACACAAGCAGAGCCACAAGUAAACGUCUUCUUUACGGAUUGCAGGCUUGCUGCACAGCACAUGAAGCUCGGGGAAGCUGAGCACACACGAGAGCGUGAAUACAGUCAGAUCAGCACUCGCAGCUCGACGCCAAUGGAGUCUCCGCACAAGAGGAAGACUGUGAAGAAGAAGUGGCAGGUUUUCCCUGGGAGGAAUAAAUUCUACUGUGAUGGCAGGGUUAUGAUGGCAAGACAGACUGGCGUCUUCUGCCUGACUCUCAUUCUCAUCCUUGUCACAAGUGGGCUCUUCUUUAUUUUUGACUGUCCGUUCUUGGCGACCACGCUGACUCCAGCGAUCCCUGUGGUUGGUGGCAUGCUGUUCAUCUUCGUGCUAGGGACGUUACUCAGGACGAGCUUCAGCGACCCCGGCGUCCUGCCCAGAGCCACCCCGGAAGAGGCUGCGGACCUGGAGAGACAGAUAGAUGUCGCCAAUGGUUCCAGUACUACAGGAUACCGGCCUCCUCCUCGGACGAAAGAGAUCACUAUUAACGGACAGACGGUGAAGCUCAAGUACUGUUUUACUUGUAAGAUCUUCAGACCACCGCGUGCAUCGCACUGCAGCCUUUGUGAUAACUGCGUGGAGCGGUUCGAUCAUCACUGCCCCUGGGUGGGGAACUGCGUCGGGAAGAGGAACUACCGCUUCUUCUACAUGUUCAUCCUGUCACUGUCCUUCCUCACAAUCUUCAUCUUCGCCUUCGUCAUCACGCACAUAAUCAUGAAAUCCCAGAUAAACGGGUUCCUCAGCACGCUCAAAGACAGUCCAGCCAGUGUGCUGGAGGUUGUUGUGUGUUUUUUCUCUGUGUGGUCAAUAGUGGGACUCUCCGGCUUCCACACCUACCUAAUUGGAUCCAAUCAGACCACAAACGAAGAUAUUAAGGGGUCAUGGUCAUCAAAAAGAGGGAAGGAUAACUACAACCCUUAUAGUUAUGGAAACAUGUUCACAAACUGUUGCACAGCCCUAUGUGGUCCUCUUCCACCCAGUCUCAUUGACAGAAGAGGAUUGGUCCUGCCCGAUACGCCACAGCCUGCACCGCCCACGAAUGGUAUCACAAUGUACGGUGCCACUCAGUCCCAGACGCGCAUGUGUGACCAAGACCAGUGCAUUCAGAGCACCAAAUUCGUUUUGCAGGCUGCCACUACGCCGUUGCUGCAGAACGAGACCCCAGUCAUGGCUGAUGAGUCAUCGGUGCCUGGGAGACCAGCUCUAGGCGCUCCGUGUCCGUUGCUUCCUCUCGGCCAGCCCACACCACCCACCUCCACCCCAAGUCUGAGCUGUGAAGCUGAGAGUCUGAGCCCUCCUGCCCACGAGGCACAGCACCACUUCCUCACGCCUGACGAUGCCCCCUCGCCUCCAGGCAUGCUUCCCUGCACAAGCCCGCUGGACCACGGCCACACACCGCCCUUCUACAACCCUGCCAGCCAGGACUCUCUACACGAGGACUCUGUCAGAGGCCUGGUCAAACUCAGCUCUGUUUAAACAGACUCAUCAAUGUGUGUCUCCCACACUGCCCUUUAAUCUGUGCCAAGAGCCUGCAAGCUCCUCAUCAUAAACUCUCCAAUCUCAGUGAUAUGAGCAGCCCAAAGUCACUAAGUGUGGAUUUUGAACACAUUUAAACCCAGUUUGCCACACUCCUAAGUCACAAAGUGAGCUGCCAAAUCUGUUUAAGCUCUUCUGACUGUCUGGAGAUACAGGAGCUGCUCCCCUCAAGGAUGGGUGGCUUCUAAAACAAAGGGCUGUAACUAACCCAGUGCAUCGAACCGUUUAAGAAGAGGACGUUCCACUUGAAAAGCUGCUUCAUGUGUCACUUGCUGGCAUUCACUUUGUAUUUUUGGGCUGUUUGUUUUUUUUUUUUUUUUAAAUCAGAAUUGCUGCCUGAUAAUUGGGACUGCAUUGCACACUUUUUGCCUUCCUGUCUUUUGAGAUUAUUGCACCGUUGAUAACGUGAGCUGUUGUCAUGAUGUUGCAUAUGUGUACACGUUUUUUUUUUAUUAUUAUUAUUACCUAUUUUGGAAAGAAUAUGGUAUUGUGUUGUGGCACAAAAGAAAUGUUUUCCUUUCUCAGCAAAUUGGUGUACGUCACACGGAUAUUACUACAUUACCCGAGUUUUAAUGGGAUUCUGUAAAAGCUGUUCCUGCAUCUUUAAAGACUCUAUGUUGUAUGCUGCAAAGUUCCCUGGUCUGCAUAACCACAGUGUUAUCAUGUGACGAUUGCCUGUAGUGGAUGUCUUACCAACACGACCUAUGAUACUGUGUCAUGAUGGAAAAAAAAAAAAAAAAUACACUGCCCAAUAAAAUCUGAUUCAUUACAAGCACUAGUUACCUACAUCAUUUCAGACUUGCACCAGAAUACUGUUGUUUUAAAACAAAAAUCUCCAUGCAUUUUAGUUACACUUGCUUUGCAGUAACUAGCUUGUACAUUAAUCUCAAAGAAAUUCAUCAUUAAUUUAGUCUCUGUACUCCAGA